GCCCAUAGCCUUCUACCCUCAAUGUGUCAAACUUUGUUUCCCUGCGACUUCAAUUUGACACAAGCAAUGACCACAUUGUGGAAAGAUAACGAUUCAUUGACUGAAUAUUUAAGAAAAUUCAAGGCUAUUUGUGAUGAACUUGCUGCUAUGGGGAAACUAGUACCAGACAAAACCAAAGCCUUUUGGGUGUUACAAGGACUUGGCCAAGGCUAUGAGAACUUUGUGACAACCAUGUUGAAACCUUCGAUUCCACCAUAUCGAGAAGUUGUAUCACUUCUCAAAAGUCAUGAGACUCGAAACCAAAUCCAUGGGUUUGAAACUUAUAAUCAUCCUCAAAUGGCUUUUUAUGGUCAAAGGACCAAUGGAAACCAAAACAAGAGGAAAGGAAAUGGCUUCAACAAAUUCAACUCAAAUGGAACUAACAGCACUUAUAAUAGUGCUAGUGCAAACUACUUUUAUCAUGCAGGUAAUAGGAAUGUCGGAUCUAACUUUACAAGGAAUCAGCCUAACAACCUCAGCAAACAGAAGGUUGAAGCUCAAAAUCCCAUCAUGGAUAAUGUAGUCAAAUGCCAAAUUUGUGGAAAGCUCAAUCAUAUUGCUCUGAAGUGCUUCAACAGAUUUAAUCACUCAUAUCAAGAAGAUGACAUUCCAAACGCAUUGGCAGCCACCACCAUUGAUGACAAUCAAGAGCUUGAAUGGCAUCCAGACACAGGUGCAUCUGUCCAUAUGACAGGAAAUUCUAGUAAGCCAAAUAACUUAAAACCUUAUCAUGGCCAAGAUGCUGUUAUGGUUGGCAUUCCAAUAGAACCCAAGUCAGUUCGAUUAGCACUUAAACAUCAAGGAUGGACCAUUGCAAUGCAUGAAGAAUUAGAAGCACUUGCAAAAAAUGAUACUUGGGACCUCGUGCCUCGUACGAAAGAUAUGAAUGUGAUUGGAUAUAAAUGGGUGUUCAAAACAAAAUUACAUGCUAAUGGGAGUCUAAAGCUCCUCAAGGCGUGUCUUGUUGCCAAAGGAUUCCAUCAAAUAGCCGGUGUUGAUUUCUCUGAAACAUUUUCCCCUGUGGUGACAGCUGGGACCAUUCGUACUAUAUUAGCAAUUGCAACAACCAAACAAUGGCAAAUCCGACAACUGGACGUGAAGAACACUUUUCUACAUGGAUAUCUCAAUGAGCCAGUAUAUAUGGAGCAGCAGCCUGGGUUCUUGGAUCCCAAAUGCCCAACUCAUCUUGGUCAAGAAUUUGCUAUUAAAGAUCUUGGUCGUCUCAAUUUCUUUCUUAGCAUAGAAGUUCAUUACACAAGCCUUAGUUUGAUUCUAUCUCAAUCCAACUAUGCACUAGACAUUCUAGUUAGAGCACCAAUGGAGGGUUGCAACUCGAUCUCCACUCCUAUGGCACUUAAAGCACGUUCCUCACAUUCUAGCAAUGAUGCAUUUCAUGAUCCAACUCAUUAUAGGAGUAUUGUUGGGACACUUCAAUACCUCACAUUUACUCGACCAGAUCUCUCAUUUGUAGUCAAUUAUGUUUGCCAGUUCAUGAAUUCUCCUACAAUUGGAAAUUACCAAACCGUCAAGCGAAAAUUAAGCAACUGUAUUUCAUGGUGUGCAAUGAAACAACCUACAGUGGCUCAUUCAAGUGCCGAAGCAGAGUAUCGAUCUAUGGCUUCAACAACUGCUGAAAUCACUUGGCUUGCAAACCUUCUUCAUGACAUUGGAAUGGCUCUUAACAAUGCCCCUAUUCUUCUUUAUGACAACUUGAGUGCAAUAUAUAUGACAAUCAAUCCAGUUUUUCAUAGUCGCACCAAGCACGUUGAAAUUGAUUAUCAUUUUGUUAGAGAGAAAGUUGCUCUUGGUCACCUCAUUACUCAGUUUGGCAAUUCUACCUCACAGUUAGCUAACAUCUUUAUAAAGCCAUUGACUAGAGACAGCUUUCACCGACUACGCAACAAAUUGGGUCUUGCGUCUCUGCCACUGCCCAAUUUGAGGGGGAGUAAUAAAGUCUCAACUUAUAAUUCACAUGGGAAUGCCUUGACUCAUGAGGAUCAUUGUGUAGAACCUUUUGAAGGAAACAAAUCAAAUGGCAAUAAUGCUUUGGAGGAAAAUCAGCAAUCAAAGAUAUUAUAAAAUGCAAUCGUUGGAGAUAUAGCCGUUGCAAAUUUAUAUUGUAAUCAUACCUUAAAUCAUGCUAUUUACUGUAUAAUGUAACUAUAAAUGGAAGAAACUCUCUCUCUUCUCACCUUGAGAGAGAAACUUUGAUUUCAAAUCUUUCUUAGGAGCUUGCGUGGUUGUUGAAAAUAAUCCAUACACGGUAUUGCAUCGAUCCUUUAAUAAUCUGCUUAAUUCCAA